AUGGCGGAUACUAAUGGCGACGCAGCUCCCGCCAUCCGAGUCUCGAACUUGACCUACACCUUCCCACAAUCCUCACAACCGGGUCUUUCGAAUAUAUCACUUUCUCUUCCAGCUGGAUCUCGUACCCUUCUCGUUGGUGCCAAUGGCGCAGGAAAGACUACGCUUCUCCGCUUGCUUUCAGGCAAGCGUCUUGGACCCCGUAAUACUAUUAUGGUCAAUGGAUCUGACCCGUUCACAAGUAACCUGACUGGGAUCACGUACCUAGGCACAGAAUGGGUGCUAAAUCCGAUCGUGCGAACAGACAUUGACGUGCCUAACCUUCUGAGCUCUAUUGGCGGAGAUGCGUAUCCAGAAAGACGAGAUGAGCUCGUGAAGAUAUUGGAUAUUGAUCUGCGUUGGCGAAUGCAUGCUGUCUCGGAUGGUGAGCGACGAAGAGUACAGCUUGCGAUGGGUUUACUCAGACCGUGGGAAGUGUUACUCCUAGACGAAAUCACGGUUGAUUUGGACCUGUUGAGCCGAAAGAAUUUCUUAGAUUGGUUGAAGAUGGAGACUGAAAGACGGGCGUGCACAGUUGUGUAUGCGACGCAUAUUUUGGAUAACUUGGUUGGUUGGCCGACGUACGUGAUUCAUAUGCAUUUAGGUACGGUCAAGGAAUCAGGACAGAUGAAAGAGUAUUUGGAAGAGGCGAGGAAGGAAAGAGAUCGAGUUAAUGAGGAGACGGGCAAUAGCUUAUUGAGUGAACUUGUGUUGAGAUGGCUGAGGGAAGACCUUGAGGAAAGAGGGCCCAGAGAAAAAAUGCGCAGAGGUCCACCAGAAAUGGCAACGGAACAAGGUAUUGGAGGCUAUGGUUUAGAGAAACGACCGGCAAAAUAG